AAUCUUAGAAGAUCUUCAAAAUGUGAGAGAUCACAAACAUGAGGGGGGAAAAAAUCCUAGAUUUUGCUCCUAUAGUGUGUGGUGUCUUCUGGGACUGAAAAUAAGUAACUGUCAGGGUGAAAUAUGCCCUUAUUCCAGCAACUCCAGCACACACCGGAGAGGGUAUGUCAGAGGAAAAAAAAUGGAAGAAUGAAUGGACUGAGGACGAACCAUUCACACUGAUUGGCGUUUGUCUGUGGGCAAAAGAUUAUGCCCAAAAAUACAUCUGGUGAGUUGUUGGGAGAGCUGUUGUGCAUCCUGUCCUCUCUCAGUGUUUUAAUUUUUAGUAACUGUCAGGGUGAAAUAUGCCCUUGUUCCGGCGGCAAUUUGAGAGGGAAGGUCAGAGGAAGAAAAAACAGAAGAAUGAAUGGACUGAGGAUGAGGAUGGACCAUCCACACUGAUUGGCCUUUGUCUUCAAAGCCUAGCUGAGAACAUGAAAGAGAUGUGGGCAAAAGAUUAUACCCAAAAAUACAUGGACCAGUAUUUCUUCAGAUACGUCAUGGGUCCCUUCAGCUCAUUACCUGGUGAGUUGUUGGAAGAGCUGUUGUGCAUCCUGUCCUCACGUAAUUUGUUGACACGUGCUGCCCUGCAUCUCCUUCUCCUCCCGCAGCUGAGCUGUUUGUCCCUCACAUCAGUCUGCAGCCUUGUCAAUGCCAACCUCUGCUCCCUUAUCCAGAUACGCUGUCAGAAUCUUCAGUCUCUGGAUCUUAGUGGCGCACAGAAUAUAUCUGCAUCAGUGCUGUGUGAGCUCCCGGGCAGCCAAAGUCAUCUUCGUUCCCUCUCCCUGGCUGGAACCCUGUGUGAUCAGAGAGUGAUAUCAGUGGUCUGCCGACAGUGCCCCAAACUGAAACACUUGGACGUGUCCCGUUGCCUUCACCUCACCCCUGCAGGCCUGCUCCCUCUGGCCUACCAUGAACCCAUCAAACAUCAACCCACAAACAUCAGCAGCCUGCUAGCUCUGGAUAUCGGUUUAGCAGAAAAUGAGAGAGAUGCAGUAGCUGCAGUUGCGUUUCUCCUGCUCAGCUUACCUGGUCUUCAGAGGUUGGCAAUGGAGGGAUUGGGACAGGCUUGUGCUCUCAUACAGAACAAGCAGUUUGAGGUGACUGAGGAGUUUACUAGACGAGAAGGUGUGCCGCUUCUCAAAGACAUGUGGGCGAAGCGAACACAGGAAGACCACUUAAAAGACAGCAUUUUACUGUGUGCAGAUAGAGAGGAAAGUUUUACUUUGGAAGGAAAAAUAGAUGAAUGUUUAUCAUUAGAGGAGAGUCAGACAGAUGCUAGUGAUAGUACUGAUAUAAAUGAAUGGACAAGGAAUUCAGGAGAAGGUUGUGAAAAAGAUAGAUGUAGAAGUAGAGCUUGUAAUGGAAGGGAUAGUGUGACAACAUCCCUCAGGGAUGUACAAGGACCGUCUCUGGAUACUUUAGAGGCGGUAGGGAAGGUCUGCCCUGAACUGCGUGUCCUGUCUUUGGACUGUCUCCAGAGCAAUGUGGAUGAUAAUGUUGACAGCUUUGAACAGGCAGCAGUUUUAGCCAGAGGACUUGGUAGGUUUUCUGGACAGCUGUGCUGUCUUUCUCUACAGUUUGCUGGUCUUCUGUCUGAACUGGUUCCAGCACUUAAAGCCGCAGGCUCACAUCUGCUUUCACUCACCUUGGAAGGCAUCAAAGCUGAUGGACAUAUUCCUCUUCUGGAGCUCAUUCGUACCUGUCCCAGACUCACUUCUCUCACUGUUUAUUUAGACCCACCCAGGAAUAAUUUGAAUGGAGAUGAGGAGGAGGAGGGUGAAGACGAAGGCCUUCUUUCUAAUCUGCCAUGCAUUCCACACCUCCGCUCUUUAACACUAAAUUUUUCCCUGGAUGAACGACAAAUGAAGCCUGCAUUGUGUUGGAGGUCUCUGAAGGGAGUGCUGUGGGCACUACUUAGAGGAGCUUCACUCCUGCAGAAGCUCUCACUAAUCGCUGUUCCUUGUCAACUGGACCCUGUGUUCAAACUUGUCCUGAAUCAUCCGGCCAAACCCCUCGGAGCCCUAGACAGUCCCCCACUGCACUGCCUCAGAUCUGCUAGCCUGAACCGCUCAGAUAUCUCUAUGGAGACAGUAAUACAUAUUGUAAACACAUGUAGGCGCUUGUCUCAUUUGGAUUUGAGUGGCUGCUGGGCAUUGACUUUGAGCAAUAUCACAAAGUUACAAUGCAAAGCCAAAAGGAGGCGCCAUACGCUACAAAUUACAUGGACUUGAGCUGGGGAAAGAAAAGGCCAUGCUGAGAUUGAAAAUGAUUUGUAUGUCACUAUGUGAUUUUGUUGAUUUAUAUUUUUGGCUUUCACUGGCAUCUAUAAUUUUACUGUUUUAUACAGGUAUUACAAAAAAAGAUAAAUGUAAUGUAAUUACAUAUUCUAUGAAACUGGAAAAUAUAUUUGUUGCUGAUACAAAGAUAAAACUAAUAUGAUUAACCAAAAUUACAAUGCACUGCUCCUAAUCAGAUUUGUAAAUUUCCAUUGUAAUUUUCUAUCCAUAUAUCCACAUGGCCUGAGAUUUAGAAUUAUGUUUACCACAACAGUCUGUAUUUCUGAACCCAUAAAGUUUUGUUUUUAAAAAGAUUUUUUUUUUUUUUUUAGAAAAAAAGUGCCAUGCACUUUCUUAUAUUAAAAUAACUGCUGUUUCUAUGCAAAAGUAAAUGCACUUUUUAAUUUUUUAUUUUAUCACAACCUUUAAACCAUCUGCUGUUUUAAUAUUGCUGGUAAAAGUGUUGGUGCAAUAGAAUAUUAUUUAGCAAACAAUAAUAAUAACACGCAUAUCAAUAAAAUCUUGU